GCUGGUCAGUUGGGAAAUUUGCUGUAAACUGUGCGUACUUAACCACAACCAUCUGUGUGAAAUAUGUUAAAUGCGGUCUGUGGAGAAGCGUAAUGGUUGAUCGUUGACGUGUUCAAGGUUAUGUCCAUUUGCCGAGAAAAUGUAUUACGCUUCGUUCUUUUAAUUAUUUUCUUUUCUGAAAGAAAAGAGCUGGUCUUCAGAACAGAAUAGUCAAGAUGAAGUCUGCUAUAGCAAUUGUGAUGGUGUUUGUAGGAUGUUGCAGCAAUGUAGUAUUCCUGGAAUUGUUAGUGAAGGAAGAUCCAUCAAGUGGCAACAUAAUUACAUUUUCCCAAUUUUUUAUUAUUGCACUUGAAGGUUUCAUCAUUACAGCUCACUUUGGAACAAAAAAACCAAGUAUUGGAAUAAAAGAUUAUGCAGUCCUGGUUGCUAUGUUCUUCUGUGCUAAUGUGUGCAAUAAUUAUGCAUUCAAUUUCAACAUUCCUAUGCCCCUGCACAUGAUAUUUAGGGCUGGAUCAUUGAUUGCUAAUAUGAUAAUGGGUAUACUGAUCCUGAACAAGGAAUAUACUUCGUCAAAAUACCUGUCAGUCUUCAUGAUUACACUUGGCAUUUCAGUUUGUACUAUUGUCUCAGGAAAAGAUAUGAAAGCAACCACACCAUUGAAUCAGAUAGUUCCUGAACAGUCUGAAAUGGAUGUACUUUUUUGGUGGAUUGUAGGCAUUUUACUCUUAACAGUUGCACUCUUUGUAUCAGCGAGAAUGGGUAUAUACCAAGAAGAGCUGUAUAAAAGAUAUGGGAAGCAUCCAAGAGAAUCUUUGUAUUACACACAUCUACUUCCCCUGCCCGGAUUUCUUAUUUUGUAUGAGAACAUUUAUUCACACAUCAUUUCAUUUGCUCAAAGUGAACCUGUGGCAGUGCCUGUCAUUGGUGUAGGACUACCGAAACUCUACCUUUAUCUAGCUGGCAAUGUUCUCACACAAUGUGUAUGUAUCAACUCAGUUUAUGUCCUAACAACUGAAUGCACAUCUCUCACCGUUACCUUGGUUGUAACGCUUCGAAAAUUCAUUAGUUUGCUCUUCUCCAUCGUGUAUUUCAAGAAUGAAUUCACCUUUGCACAUUGGCUUGGAACCUUUUUGGUGUUUUCUGGAACUCUAAUAUUUACAGAAGUAGUAGAUAAAUUCAGAGCUGCAAUAUCUAGUCCAUUACCAAAAAAGGUUGAAUAAUAUUCCAUAUUAUUUGUAGCUGUCAUUCAAAAGGAUUACCAUACUAGUUUAAAAUACUGUAUUUGUGUGAAGAAAUGUGUCCUAUGAGUUCAGAAGUCUGGAUAUGUUUGCUCAGUUUUAUGUUGUUACACGUAUGGUUUUCACAUGAGUGUGUUCAGUUUUAAGAAUGGAAUUUUAUCAUUUUAAAUUAGAAUUAUAUAUCCUUGUAUUCAUAUGAAUCAAAAACAUUUGUACUCCAGAAGUGUUUGUUCCGUGAUGAAAAAUUUGGUAUAUGACUGGUGCCAGAAAUACAUUUAUUUUAAAAUUGACCUUUAAUUUAUAUUUAUUUUUAUUCAUGAUAGUGAAAAUAAUGAUCUGCUAUAAAUAUGGGAAAAAGAAAUAGUAUAUUUUUAUUGUCUUAUUUUAGUCUUUUUCCCCCACACUUCCAGAGCUUACAAUUUAAAGAAUUUUCAUGUGAUAAUUGAAUCUUAGAAUUAUGAUUGCCUGUAAUGGCUCUAAUUAAAUUAUCAUUGUUA